AUGGCUCGAUGUAAGAUCCCCCUCGGAGCUUUGCAAUGCGCACACAAAGACCAGAGAGUACCGCGGAGAGCGCUUCGGGCAAUCGAACGCCACAGAAUCUCUGUCUUAACGGAGGGUUGGGUCAUUUCUUACUCGGGUUGGGUCACUGGAAACGUCAAUCGAUGUAAAGUUGCAGAGUGAGAGGAUGUGGUGGAGGUGUGAGGGUGUCGGAUAUUAUACCAGGGCGAUCGAGAAGGGGAUAAAUUGGUUUUGUAUGUUUUUUUUUGGCAAUAUUUUAUAUAUAUUACUUGAUAUUGGAGUCGAAUUGAGUGGAAAAGUCGACUGUAAAAAAAUGUUUGGCAAUUUUUAUCGACUUCGAUAUUAUCCAUGAGGUCAGAUUCAAAGUUGAUUAAAUAUAAUUACUGCUCGAAUCCGAUAUUAUAUCUUGGUUUUUUGAGAGCCUGAUAGAUGGUACUGUCGAAUGAUAGCGAUUUUCACUUCCUUUUUCUCGUUUUUUGACCGCUUUUUUGUUGUCCUAGACAUCUGAUGCACACUACAAUAAUAUUGCUGUUAUCUCUCUAAUUUGCCUUCUUUCAGCCUAACCCUCGUCAUGGACAAGACCAACGACACAUCCUUUGAGCCCGACACCUCCGAAAACAACGAGAAUUUGAACAUGUCGGCGAUGUCUGGCGAGAAUUUGAACAUGUCAGCGAUGUCCGGCAGCUACCCCUAUCCACCCAACCCCUACUUCUUGGCCCCAACUUUUCAUCCACAGUCCGGCCUUCCAACCAUCCCGUAUCCUCCUCAUAUGCUCAAUGGAUGGUAUCCACAUGGUCUUCCUUAUGGGGUAAGUUGGAGAGUUUUUGAAUUGAUCGUACAAGGGAAACUACCUGGAAAUCACGAUUUUUUUGGGAUUUUUUGAUUCUUUAGACUAACAGGGGAAUUACCCCGAGUGCGACGCUCGGAUUUUGAUGAAACUUGGCACUAAACUUGAAUACUUUUUUAAAAAAUAUAUGUGAGAAUCCUAGCUCGCGCUUUGCAGAAACAAUCGAGAUUUUUAGAUCGAAAGUUGGCGAAAAUUUGAAACUUUUUGCCGAAUUUCGACACAAAAAGUUUCAUGCCUAUUUCUACUAAAUAGGAUGAUAUUUCCACAAAAAAUCAACUUUUCCGCAAAAAAACAAGCAACGUUAUGGCAAAAAAAUGUGCUUCUCUGUGACCGCUCUCCGCGUUUAGUGUACUCUCUAGGCCGCAACGAUCGUUCAAUAUCUCGGCUUCGCCUUCAAAGCGCGCGCUAAAAAUUUUGAGGAGUUUAUAUGUGGCCUAUGCCCAAUGUGUGUGGAAAAUUUAAAGAAAAUCUGAGCUUCGAACUUGGGGUAUUUCCCUUGAAUUUUGAGGUUUUUCAUCUUUUGACUAAAAAGAGGACUUUUUUUUCAUUUUGAUUUAUUUAUUUUUUCUGAUUUUAGGAUCCCAACCUUACCUCGUCCCUUCAAAAGCCCGCCCCCUCGCCGGCCAACACCUCCAGCACCAACUCGAACACAUCUUCGCCGAAGGAGGGCAAGCCGGGCAAAAUUGUCGUCAACCGUCUGACCAAAGAAUUCUACUCCGAAGAAGACAAACUCCUCUACGAAGAACGUCGCGCUAAGAACAACGCCGCGGCCCGCGAGUCGCGCAAACGGCGCGCCAAACGCGAGAGCGAGGUGAUGAGCGAAAAUGAGCAGCUCAAAGCGCAGGUCGCCAACCUGAAGCGCGAAUUAACCGAGACGAUCGCGGAAUUGAAGGUGAUGCGAAUGAAGGUUGGGGAGGCGCUGUGCGAAGACAAUCGGGUCCUCAAAAAUCGGACCAAUUUUUAA